AUGUUUUUAAUGAAAUCAAAUGCGCCUUACAUGAUUAAAAUGACACCAUUUAUUUCUGUCACUUUACGUUUAUUCAACUGCAGUUUAAUACUUAAAGAUUAUUCAAAAUGUUAUAAAAUACUUGGAAUCCCUAAUAAUUCAGAUCAAGAGACUGUGAGGAGAGCUUUUAUUGAACUAUGUAAAAAAUAUCAUCCAGAUAGUGGAAAAUUAUCAGCAGAUUCAGAGAAAUUUCACGAAAUUGAUUCUGCAUAUAAAACACUACAAAAUAAAUUUGCCGAAGAAAGAUGGAAUGUUGAUGAAAGUAUCGGGGAAUAUGGUUUAUAUUACGAUAAAAAAAAAAAUAAGACAGAAGAGAUCAAACCAAAACACACUGCACCACAACAUAGACAAUAUUUGUCUUAUGAUGGAAUAGGAAGUGGAACUCCUUCUCAAAGGCAAAAACAAUAUGUAAAAUAUAAAACAAUUACUGCAGCUCAAAAUGUUACAAAUCAUCAGAUAAAAAAGAUAACAGUUGCAGAUGAAAAUUCAUUAUUGGUCAAAGAUAAAAUACAAUCGAAAAAAAUCAAAACAAGGUAUGGAAUGGAAAGACUGGUAGAAGAUUUAAUUCAAGAAUCAAUGGCAAAAGGUCAUUUUGAUAAUUUAAAGGGACAGGGAAAACCUCUUUCAUCCACAUCAUCUUACAAUCCUUAUGUUGAUUUUGUAACACAUAAAUUGAAUGAAAUCCUUAUUGAAAACGGUUUCGCACCUGAAUGGAUAAAUUUAAAUAAAGAAAUAACGGACGAAAUUAAUUCUAUAAAAAAUACUCUAAUAAAAGAGCGGAAAAAUUUAGGGCCGUAUCCGUUAAAUUACAAAGAAGAAUUUAAAUGGAAAGAAAUAAUAAAUAAUUUACAAACGUGGGUGAAAAAUUUAAAUCAAAAAAUAAAUAAAUUUAAUUUAGUUGUUCCAAUAUUGACAAAGCAAAAAUUAUAUUUUAAUUUAGAAAAAGAAAGUGAUGACAUAUUAAAAAAUAAUAAUAAUAAUAAUAAUUUAUCGGAAAAAGAUGAAGAAUUUUUACAAAAACAAAACCGAUUAUACGUGUCGUACACGUGGUGGUGGGGUGGGUGA